AACAACAUUACUGGGGCAAGGGGUUCACCCAUAUUGCUUUGUUGGAGGAUCUGAUCGUCAUGAAAUAGCGCUGCCUUAUUCAAGUGGGUUUGACUUUGGGUCAGCCAUACAAUAACUUUGACAUAUCUCCAACUACGGCUUCCAAUUCAAUUCAGGAGGUGCCCGCUGUUAGUGUACUGUCUGUUCCAAGUACAUCCAUGACGUAGUCUGACUACAGAUGUCUGCAUGAGGAAUAACGUGAUAAAGCAUAGUUGUUGUAAUCUGGGAUAAGAAAUGGACGUAUUUUUACCAGCUGCCUCCCUUUUUCUUGUCCUCGUACAAGCCUGUCAUGCCGCGGACUACUGUUACGGCUCCUACUGCUCUGGCUACUGCUGUGGGACGCUUAGCACAUCAUGCUGCUAUUAUUACAGCUGGGGAAGAAUCAUUGGCUACUCAAUAGGGGGAAUCAUUGGCCUCGUCAUCUGUAUUAUCAUCAUCGUGUUUCUCAUCAAGAGUUGCACCAAGACUGGAACACGAGGACGAGUUGUCCAACCUCAACCUCAGUCCAAUGUAUUUGUUUACAGCGGGCAGUCAAGCGGCCCAGCCCCAUACCCUGGGCCACAGGCAGGUGGACCCCCACCUUAUUCCUCGGGACCAGGUCCAAAAUCAUAUCCACCCCCUGGAGGAUAUGCGGCAUAUCCCCCACCGGGAAGUAAUCCGGCAUAUCCACCCCCAGGGGGCAAUCCGGCAUACCCACCCCCGGGAGGAAAUCCGGCAUACCCACCCCCGGAAGGCAAUCCGGCAUACCCACCCCCGGGAGGCAAUCCGGCAUACCCUCCACCCCCUCCUCCCCCAUAUCACCCUCCACCUGGUGGUCUAGCCCCACCCACUGGUGAGGCUCCACCUCCAGGCCCUCCCCCCUAUAGCCUGGCUGGUUCAUCUUCUGGAACUGCUCCUCCUCCUGGUCAAGCUCCACCUCCGGGAACUGCCCCUCCGCCACCAACAGGAGGUCCAGUUAAUCCUUAAACAACAUCAGCAAAAGACAGGGACAUAUGCUUGAUAUCAAAAUGACUUAUUGCAUAUCCACUGAAAUCAACUCGAAAAGGGUUGUUGAUGUGAAAAAAACCUUUUUAAGUACACCAUGCCUGUAUUGUCGUAUUGCCUGACACUCAAGAUAUCAAAAGAUUAUUUAAGAUGUCAAGAGAAUACUGAAGUCUAGAAAAUAGUUUCCUAUACAUAUUCGGUUUUAUGGAAGAUGACAAGAGAAUACUGAAGUCUGGAAAUUAGUUUCCUACGCAUAUUCGGUUUUAUUAAAGAUGUAAAGAGAAAACUUCAGUCUUGAAAUUAGUUUCCUAUGCGUAUUCGGUUUUCUAAAUUAUUUUAAGUGCCAAGGCAUUAUUCUAGCAUGAUCUUUCAACGAAGAACGUCAUACGACUCUAGCUAAAAAGGUGUUUGACAAGUUUACAACAUUCAAGGCUAGUAAAGCUUUCAAAACGUUUUAUGGUAGACAUAUGGAGGGAUUUCUAAAUGUGACGCAUCAGUCACAUCAAUAAUGUCAGCUGCAAUUCCCUAUUUGACUCGUAUCAUAUGUGCCCGUGUUUUUCCAGAUGAACAAUUCACUUGCCUUUGAAUGUGUUUGUGACGGGUGCCACCGGUGGGGCAGGAUCCGCUCACCAUUUCGAGAACACCUAGUUUCAUCACAAUGCAUUGGCUAGUGAUUCAUAAAUAUAUGCUUAUUAUAUAGUCGGAAUCGUACAGUGGACUCUGUUUUUAACAGACAUAUCUUACUUAUGAAUAUGGAGACAUAUUUAAUACAUAAGCUUGGGAAUUAUCCCCUGGUGCCUAGGCGGGUUUUGAAUUAUAAGGAAGGGACUUCGUGUGUCCUCAUUAUGAAUGUUGGAUGAUCAGUACAUGAAACAUGGCGUGGAACACUGAAUGUCUGGACUGUGAGGUGGCAGUUUUAUCGACAGCUGAAAUGAAAGACCUUGAUAAUUAUACCACAAUAACCCCUACAUGUUUUGAUAUUCUGAAAAAAAGUCAACCAUCAUUUAUUUAAUAUAAGUAAUGUUGCUAUCGAGCAACCGAGGAAUGGCCAUUGCAUACAAUCUGCGAUCCCUAUGUGUUUGUCAAGAAAGUGUCAUGAAGAAUCUAUGAUGUGUUAGCUUCUUGGAAUAAAUCCACUUUUGUUA